UGAUGGCGACUGCAAUGUCGACCGAAACGUCGAUGAAUUAUUCGCCAAGGACACGGCUACAACCCAGAAGCCAAGCUACUUUAGAUAAUGGCCGUGAAAGCCUGCGAACAAUGUCAACUUAUUAACCAGAUAGUCACCAUUCAGUAAUUCCAUUACAUUAUGUACUUCGCUUUAACGAAGCCAAAUUCUGAGUAUCUAACGAGGGAAUAUUGUUAUGGGAAGAAAACAUUUGUUGAAACCAAGAUGGCGUGUUUUUGGCUCCUAACUCUCCUCUUCUAGCAAAACUCGAUUUGUAUAACACGGUAUAGCUGUGCCUAAAGCGCUUGCCGGCCAUGAUGUGAUUUUUCUUACGUGAUAUGUGUGGUGUUCUUUUUGUUUUGUUUUCCACACCAUGACCGAGAAGCCGCCUCCCCAAGCUCCGCCCCAUGCGGUGGCCGAAGUGGCCACUCUCGGGUGGCCGAAGUGGCCACGCAAAAUGAGCCAAGCUUUUGAACGAGCCCCUCAGUUUGCUUUUUCCACUCAGCCUCGGGGGUCGCUUCUCAGCUGCAGAUGGUAGCGCGCGCAUGCGCGUCGAAGGUUCUGGAACCGUCCAGAAGCACACGAAGACGAGCGUUCAGUCACGACACACCGUUCUCGCAUACACUACGUCCAGUUAAAUACAAAAAAAAAAAUUCAAAGCAAUCAUGAGGACUGCCGACAGAAGUGAAAACUUAAAACUAUAAACAAUAAUUUUUUUGGAUAUCCAAAUUAAUUUUUGAUAAAAAUCAGAGACUUUGUCGCAAUUUUUACGAAAAAAAUACUUCCACAGAACAAAUUUGUUUUAUCACGUUAGUAAAAUAACUCCUAAAUUACUUUAAAAUACGCAUUGCAUAGUAAUUGUAGGUACCUAUUAAUAAUAAAUAAUGAUGUUCUUAAUUUUUAGGUUAUAUUGCUAGAAAUACUCCGUUUUCUUCAUUAUUUAAACUAUAUAUAUCUAUACGAGAAUAUAAAUAUAUUUUGUACUCUUUUUACUGCAUACACACAUUCGAUUCACAUAUGCACAGCACUGAUGUACAGGGACUGAAGACGCGUAUUAAUAAGAUAUGUAUUGGUAUAUGUCGUGUACAUUACUUGUCGACCUGUGUUAUGUGUACUGGCUGCGCGCGCACCACUGUGUGUGUGUAUGUAUAUAUAUACACACACACACAUUCACAGAUGACGUCACGUGACCAUGUCGAUGACGACUUACAUGUAUUUACUCCCUAUACAAACCAUCCUAUAGAAGUUUUCACUUCAAAAAAAAGUAAGCGAGUCGUUCAGUGCUCGCCAGAUGUGUGUGACAUCCACCCUCGUUCACGAGCAAAUUCAAGUGUUCCCAUGUUGCAAAUACACUUCUUACAAUGAGAAACUCGGACACCAAAUUUAAAGUUAAAUUCUCUUAAAGUAAUGCCGAGCGUGAUAAAUAUAAGAAUGUAGGUACUGCAUUUACUGACGCGAAUCACACGUAGUUCCUGCGCCCGGCGCUAGAAUUCGCUGCCGGAGCAGCUACUACUUCGACUAAAGACUCGUGUGUUUUUCAGGGCGAAAGGUUAAACUAUAUAAUAAAAUGGCUCUGAUAAAAGUGAAAAAAAAAAAAUCGGAAAUCAAAUUGCAUCCCGGAUUUACAACUGAUUUUCGACAAGGAGUUUUAUUAAAAUACUGCCCAUCUUGUUCAAAUUCAUUAAACAGUUAAUACUAUAAAUUUUCUCUUUGCAUUUGUGAACUUUGGUUCACGCCAUCCGGCACAGAUGGCAGCACCGUGGUUACACAUUUCCGUUCCCUGCGACUUCCGUUCCAUUCACGAAAUUGCUCCUAUAAAAUGCCGUAUAGCGAUAGCUAAGAUGUUACGUACACAAACAUUUUGUAUUUGUAAACCGUUCCCUGAAUAACUUCCCAGCAGUAACUACGCACAUUAUUAAACAAUAAAAUAAAAUAUAGUCCAGUUCUUGAAUAUUCGAAAUUAGCUUUCCAAUGGUUUAAAAACUGUAAGUUAGUAUCAAACACAAUUUCAAAUUUCAAAUUAUGCGCGACAAGAUGUAGUCAUUCAGUCAGUAUUGUAAAGCGCAUUUUAUAUAUGCAAAAAUAACCAGCACAAUGAGUUGGGCACAUUUAUUGUAGUAUUAAAAAAUAUUUUUUUGGAAAAUGGUUUCCGAACAAAUAUUUUUUAAAGUACAAGAAAAAUUCUGCGUAGUCAAAUAUAUCCGAAUUUCAAGAAAAUCAAGCGAAUAGUCUUGGAAAUAUGUUGCGUAAGGGAUUUCACAUGAAAUUAUUCGACAAAAACUUAUCCUGUAUCGCCAACCCAUUAACUCUGCUUUGCAUAUUGUUUUUGAGUUCAGUUUUUGUUGCAGUGCUGAUGUUCGAAAUAUUUUUUAACUGUUAUAUCUUGUUUUUUUGGCACAUUAUGCUGGAUUCAAUAUCUUAUGGUGGCUCGGUAUGCGAUGAAAGAAGAAUCCGUUAGUAGGUACGUUGUAACCAUUGGAGGGUUAGAAAAAGUAAAAAAUAAACUUUUUUUUACAUAAAAACAUAUUAAAUUUCUAGUUUUUGAAGCCCCGAAGAAGUAAAUUUUUGUUUGGUGGUAUGAGGAUUGCUAGUUCGCUCUUGAGACAUUUGUAAUUUGAGGUUUGCAAAAAAUGGAAAUGGUGUCUCAUAGGGAAAAAAAAAAAAACUUCCAAUUACGAAGCCUGGAGAUGACAUGCAAAACAUAAUUACGAGAAGUUUAAUGCAAAAAAAUAUAUAAAAAACGUAAUACUGACAAAGAAGUAGAGUUUACUUAUUAUACCUAAUAUAAGCUCAGAGAAGCUCAGAGAAAGAUCCAAUCAGGUUUCGGGCUGAUGACUGCGUACAUUUGUCUAGUUGUAUGAAAAUUUAUCCGGCUGGCGAAAUUGUGAACAUGCUAUGUUUUCUAACUUUAAGUUCCAGGCUUUUUAUGUAUUUAUAUGAGGUCAUGAUUUAUUUAUGAGUAAGUAUAGUUUAGUCAAGGCUUUAAAAAAUAAUUUUUUUUCUCCUUUACCUUCCUUUCCAAAACCUUACACAUACCUUUUUUUUUUAAAACCUUUCACAUACCUCUCUUUCGAAAACCUUACACAUACCUUGCUUUCGAAAAUCUUACACAUACCAUUAUUUCGAAAAUCUAACACAUACCUUUCUUUUGAAAACCUUACACAUACCUUUCUUUUGAAAACUUUACACAUACCUUUCUUUCGAAAAUCUUACACAUAUCUUUCUUUCUAAAACCUUACACAUACCUUUCUUUCGAAAAUCCUACACAUACUUUUCUUUAAAAAAACACAUACCUUUCUUUUGAAAACCGUACACAUAACUUUCUUUCUAAAACCUUACACAUACCUUUCUUUCGAAAACCUUACACAUAAACUCGUUGAAGUCUUGCGCGCGCCCGGUCCUACCAAGCGCCCAUGAAGUGAUCCCCCAGGCUGCCGUCUAAACCUAGCGGCUUGGCCCAGUCAUUCGAGGUCUGAUGGUCAUUCGAGGUCUGAUGGUCAUUCGAGGUCUGAUGAUCUUCGACGGACACAAGUUGUGCGUCACACGCGCCGUGUGUGAUUUUUUCACUACCAUGUUGUAAUCCUGUGGCAUCUAGAACGAAAAUAAAGGAUUGAUGGGUUUUGUGUGUGUUAACUGCUUCACCCUACAUCACAUUGCAUGCCACGGGCCAUAAACAGUGGCAGUUGGAAGCCCUUAAAGACGUACGUGAGUUUCUUUGAUUUGCGGAAAGUAAAUAUGACAUUUCCCAUGCCGCAUGGCUGUUACAUGCAGGAAAACGUCUGUGACGUAGCAGAGAUAUUGCAAUGUUUCGUUGAAUAAACUUUGAAAGUUCUGAAAUAUAUUUGAGACGUUGUUGUUUUAGGUUUGUGCUCGUACCUUAAAAUAAAUAAUUCUAACGACAAACGUUGCCUCCGUACGAUAUAUGGUCCAGAGUGCUUCCCAAAGCUAGUAUACACCUUUGAAGUUAGGACUGAGCAAAUUUUUAUUGUAGAUAAUAGGCAGAGACCCGGAAAUUUCGCGGAUACUUCUGGCCUCAUGAUAGAAUUUAAAGUUAUAGGUGUGCUCGACCCAUGUUUACUUUCCCAUUGGUUGAUUUCUUAGUGAGAACAUUUUUAUCCUUGUUAUUUGGCACUACCUGAUUCGCUUACUCCUCUCCUAGCUGGGCAUCGUUGGGUCACGGUCGUAGAGGGGCGUGUCCAUAUAACUGCGGUCCAAUAAUGAACACAGUGCGAGAGUGUGAAGGUUUGCAUUAUAGCUUGCGACUAAAUGAAUCCGCGAAAUUUCCGGGUCUCUAAUAAUAGGGAAAGAAUUUGUAAUGGAACACCGAGUGUCCGAAUUGCCUUUUAUUGAACAAAGUUCUACGACCACAGCGAUUUUUUUUUGUUGUGUCAAAAUUAUUACAUUAAAAUAAACGGGGAAUGCCAACAUUAUUUUCCAUAUAUGUUCGUGGAGUGUUACUUCCCCCAAUUAUUUCAAUGAAAUAAUUUUCUAAAGGGACAAAAUUUGUGAUGUUUGUAGAACUUCAUUAAAUUAGACAUUACCUAGUCCCUCAAUGUUCCAUCUGAAAUAAUUUAUCUAUUAUUUAUAGGAAGAAAAAAAAUAUUCUUCAGAUCUAACUUCAAAGGCGUACAACAACCUUGGGAUGCAGUUUACACCAUGAGUCGUAUAAAGGUUUUCAACUUAUUUUGUCGCGAUGAAACUGCAGACAAAGUAUCUUCUAGUUCAUAUAUCUUAUCUUGAUUUUCUUUUUUGUUGCCAAAUUUUGGAGGAUAGUUAAAUUUUUCUCUUCAAACUUCCACCAACAUUUUUUUCCCUUAUAGAUACUGAUUGCAUGCAUGAUUAUCAAGUGUAAAUUCGCUGUAAAAUAACGUUAUUGAGUUAACUCUUAAUUUAGCAUGACCUCAUAACGAAUUGGGUUCACGUGCUUCAAAUUAUAGAGUUAGAUAAAUAUUGAAUCUUUUUCGUGUGCUGGAAGUUUUUGCUUUUUUAAGGAAGUGUACCAGUUACAUCUGCCACUGUUUACAGGUCUCACAAACCAACUUUAAUUUCACUUACGUAUUUUGAAACAAAAUGUUUACGUUUCACUGCAACAGUUUAUUUGUAGAAAUAAUUGAACCAAGUAAUAUAUCACUUAAUUACAGAAAUAAUACUUGUUUAGUUUAAUAGGGACUGGAUUUAUAAAUGGUUAAAUAAUUAUAUAUAUUUACAAAUGUUAAUAUCUGUGUUGCUUUUGCAGGAACUAAUGUUUUAAUAAAGCUUUUAGAAAAAUUAGUAUGCUUUUGAGCUAGUUUCCAUAGAAUAUAGCUGCUAUUUACUUUUAUUGUAUGUUGCAUUGGCUUUGACAACACCUAAGAUAAAUGUAUAGCUGAGUGCGUAUUAAUUUAGAGCAAGUUUAAAUAUUCUAUACCAUGAAGUGUAAAGUGCAUGCAACACAGUGCAUUUUUUAAGUUGUGACUUUAGACUAUGUGGUUUCACUGUACUAGUUAGUAAUAAGACUGAAAAUGUAAUCUUUUCCAAAUGCACAUAUUCACUUUUUUUUAGUUCAUCGGCGUGUUUCUUACGUAAGGAUCAUUAUUUUUAAUAUAUUAUUCAAGUAAAAUCAUUUUCUAAGAUAACACCAGGAGUGUGAUUUUUAUUAACUUAUUAUGUGAAAUGUGUAAGUUAACAUUUAUAUAGUGAUACAUGCUGUCAAGAAUUAUCUAACAUAUUUAAGUUAAGAUACAAUUUUCGUAAAUUGUAACGCAAAAUCAUUUAAUUUAAUUUAGGUUUGUUUAAGUUAUUAUUUACUUGCAUACAUCAAGAUGAAAUGAAGAAUGAUACGAUUUACAGCCACAUCAAGAGAUAUACGGGUAUAUUUAUGAAUUACACAUGUACUAGGGCUAUAAAAAAUACUGAAGGUUCUGAUAAAAUACAUGUCAUAAAAAAUUAUUAUUUGAAUGUUUUCAAAAAGAACUAAAAAAAAUUGCGUAAAAAUUUGUAAAUAGUUUGUUCAGGUAGACAAAGAAUUAUUUUGAAAUUUUCUAUUAAGCCCCUAUCGAAAUUAGUUUUUUUUUAAAAGUAAAUUGCGUCAACUGGUACUAUAUAAACUAUUGAAAAAUCAUUUGUUUGCUAUCUAUCGCCUUUUGGACAAACACUUGCAAGUACAUUAUGCAGCAUUUUUUUUUCUUUCGUAACAGGUAAGUUUAAUAUUUUCUCCCUGCUAAUUUGAAUGUUUGUUUGGUUAUUAUUUCGAAGAAAUUACCCUCUGUUUAACAGAACAAAAUAUACUAAUGUUAAAUUAUUUUUUGUGAGACUCCCGUGUGGAACGUUUAAAAACAAAACUUACGUUAGGAUGACAUUUGACCUAUGCGUAUAAGUAAUCAGUGCCGUCAUUCUUGUUUUGUUGCUGCCUCCUGGGAUAACUAAGAUUCCUAAUUAGAUACAUUUUGGUACUGAUACAUGCUUAAUUAAUCGGCUAACCUACACCACACUAAAAUUUGCCACGUCUCUCAAUCUACGCUGGGAAAAAAAGGUUUCUUCAAAACGAUAAGUAGAUUUAAUUUACGUAAUAUUUUCUAAACUCUAUACGUUUUAGGUAUUUACAGUUAAAUCUCGUCAACAAGGACUAACUGAGGGCAAAGGCAAUCCGGAUAAUCCGGGUAAUAUGGGGAAUAAGCAAAACAAAAUCCUUAAAUAAACAGACUUACCGUUUGUUACGAUAAAAAACUUAAGUUUUGUAACAAAAAUACCUAGUAUACGUGCCCUAUAUUGUUUACAAGACCUUUUAAAAAAUAUAAUAAUAACAUUUUAAAACAAAAAAAAUUGGUCCGCUUUCUUCUGUUUCACACACGUAUGGCGUUUGAAUGAAGCACGAUUAUGUAAACGCUUUAUCAUUAAUAGUUUAGCUGGAGCUGUGUCGGGCUGACUCUCCAAGUACGCCGAAGCAUUUUAUUAUCAUAAUUAUACCGUCUAUGCAGGAACUGUACAUUGAAUCAAACUAAAAAGUGAAUAUUUGGCGUAUUUAUAGUUACGUUCUUGCUAGUUUAAUCAAAAAUGUUUAUGUGAACAUUUAAUAAAAUAUCUAUAAAUCUGAUCUAGAUAAAUUCCCAGAUCCCGUUCAACUAGGGUCUGAUAAACGAGGUUUUACUUUCUUUGCUUUCUUCACGCCCUGGCAAGGAGAAAAAAUAUUUAUGUGCCUUGAAAAAGGUCCCAUUAAAGCUGAUCGCGAAAAUAAAUGGACGAAUCCUCGGCACAAACCGACCACGAGGGAUGUUGAGUAAGUUUAAUGAUUUCUCAGUUUCAUAUUCAAGCGAUCUUUUUGAACUGUCCUCUUGGCUAGUUGCAGAGAACAUUGAACGGAGAGUAUGUUGAUUUCCCAAACACCGUGGUAAUACUGAAGAACACACCUCAACUAUAUAUUCUCAUUAACAACAAAAUAAGAAUGAUGGUACUGAAACUUUUAGUCAUCCAAAGAUUUUCUAUUUAAAUUAAUAGUUUUCAAGUGUUGAUAAUCAUUUCAUGCAACAAGCAGUAACGCGAAUGAAAGAAAAAUGACCAACCAAGACAAAAAAAAGAUGGCCAUUUUGUGUAAAUUUGUUUACUGAAACAUACGAAACAAUGAUCUGUCAAGACAAAUUUUUAAAUACCAGAAUUGCACACACUAGACUGAAACGAAAUGAGAAGAAAUUAUUUGAAGUGUACUCGUAUUUGCUGAAGGCAUGUAAUGUGAAGUUGAUUGCAGGAGCUGAAUCAGUUGAUCAUGAACUUAACACCCCCCCAAAACAAAAGUUCUUAACAACUGAAAUGGUUAUGUAGAAGAAUGUACUGAGAAAAGAAAAGUGUGAGAAGACAAUUCGGGGCUUGAUCUCUACACCAUCCCUUUCCAGAUGGAUAUCUGUACAAAUGCGAGGCAAAUGGCGUGCCCAUUACUGCCGUGGCUGGCUCCACCACACCGUUGGUGGAGAAACCAGCCCUCGACGAGGAAAUGGGUUACAACCCAUUUGAGCACAGGAAGCUUUCCCAUCCCACUUCGGACAUGGACACACUCAUCCACCUGCUCAAAGGCAGCCUGGGCUCGGGGAUCCUGGCCAUGCCUCUCGCCUUCCUCAACGCAGGCCUGCUCUUUGGGGUCAUCGCCACGUUCAUCAUCGCCUUCGUGUGCACCUACUGCGUGCACGUGCUGGUGAAGUGCGCGCACAUCUUGUGCCGGAGGACGCAGGUUCCGUCGCUGGGGUUCGCCGAGGUGGCGGAGGCCGCCUUCCUGGCGGGGCCGGCCGCCGUGCAGAAGUUCUCUGGGGCGGCGAGAGCUACAGUCAACCUGUUCCUGUGUGUGGACUUACUAGGAUGUUGCUGUGUCUACAUUGUUUUCGUUGCGAAAAACCUUAAGCAGGUGGUGGACUUCUACACCAACAACCACUGGGACCUCCGCAUCUACAUGGUCAUCAUGAUGCCCAUCCUGGUGGUGAUCAACAUGGUGCGCAACCUCAAGUACCUGGCGCCCUUCUCCAUGUUCGCCAACAUCCUGAUCGCCACGGGCCUCGGCAUCACCUUCUACUACAUAUUCUCGGACCUGCCGUCCGUGGAGAGCCGCCCCAACUUCUCGUCCUGGACCCAGCUGCCGCUGUUCUUCGGCACAGCCAUCUUCGCCCUGGAGGGCAUCGGCGUGGUGAUGCCGCUGGAGAACAACAUGAAGACCCCGACCCACUUCAUCGGCUGCCCGGGGGUGCUGAACGUGGGCAUGUUCAUCGUCGCCAUCCUGUACAACAGCGUCGGCUUCUUCGGCUACCUCAAGUACGGCGACAAGACGGAGGGCAGCAUCACCUUGAACCUGCCCACCGACGAAAUCCUGGCGCAGUCCGUGAAGGUGAUGAUAGCCCUCGCCAUAUUCUUCACCUACGCCCUGCAGUUCUACGUGCCCAUGGAGAUCAUCUGGAAGGCGGUGAGCCACCGCUUCGGCGCCCACAAGCUGAAGGCGGAGUACAUCAUCCGGGCCGUGCUCGUUGUGGCCACAGUCGGCAUCGCGGCGGCCAUCCCGAACCUGGGGCCGUUCAUCUCGCUGGUGGGCGCCGUGUGCCUGUCCACGCUGGGCAUCAUGUUCCCGGCCAUCAUCGAGACGGUCACCUACUGGGAGACGCCCGGCACGGGCCGCUUCAACUGGAUCCUGUGGAAGAACCUGCUCAUCGUGCUGUUCGGCUUCCUGGGCUUCGCGACGGGCACCUACUCCAGCGUGGCCGAGAUCAUCGCCGAGUUCGGCCAGGAGUGAGGGUCGCUUCCCCCUCCCUUCUGCGAGCAGGACAGACCGGCGCCCCGCACUUCCAGGAGAGGGCGGCUUCCCGAGGGGCGAGACCUCGUCGCGUAGUCCCGUCGCUUCUGCAAGAUCCUAGCGUAGCGCUGGAACAAAACACACCGUCUCAAUGUAGGAAAAACACCACAGCACAAUUGAACGCCAAACUGUUAAAUGCUUUUUUUAGAUACUUUUUUAACAGCAAUUUAAAAAAAAUUUUUUUUUUUUUAAAUUAGAUAAUGCCGCAGGUGGUCUUUCUGUCCGUAUGUAACCAGCGCACAUGUUAUCGGGCAUGUCGCAAAUAAGUAGGAAGUGGCCUUGUAAAUAUUAAUAUUAAAAAAAUUUGUGCUUUAUAGGUAUUUGUAAAGUAUUAUAACGUCAUUGCCUGCAGCAAGGUAGUGCAAUUUUUUCAUUCGCUACAAAGUAGUGAUUUAGUUUGUUUGUUGCCUUGCAGAAGGUGUUAUGAUGGGCGGAGGGGAAAAAAAAAAUAGACACUUUUUUUUUUCUUCUCGGAAGUUGUAUUUAGUGAGAAUGUGAAUGAUGAUGAUGAUGAAUGGGGCUGUGUAGCCCACAAUAAGUUAUGGCUGGUGUUGACGCGCCAGGCGAGCUCGUGAUUGGUCGGUGCUUGGUGGAGCGAGGCGAGCGGACUGCAGUAGCCAGUUCAUGUUUAGCAAUAGAAGUCACUGAGGGAACGCCAGUGAGCAUAGAGCUGAGAUACUUGUAGAUCCGUUAACCUAGUGCUGUGAAUCCUUGUUACCUGGUUCCACAGAUGCUAAUAUUGAUUCUAUACGUGUCACCACUGUAUACUAACAAUUUAGUUAUGAUGUUUUGAAUGUUCCUUUUGUGCUUGGUUGUAGCUGCUUUUUUUUUAGGACAGUGUUGCAGUUAAUUAAGUAUGCACAAUUACAGAAUUUUAAUUAUUUUAUAGGCCUUAUUAAGAUGUCCUCUUGAUUAAAGCCUUUUUAAAAAUAAACAUACCAGUUGCAUUUGUUUCAGAGAGGGUAUAAAACUGUUUAUAUUUAGUUGGAUCUGAAAGAAUCAUUACACAACAGAAAUCAAUACUUCACAUGUAUUCUGGAGAGAAAAAAAUAGUUUUUUUUAAAAUAUAUUUUCUAGACCUUUAAUUAGAAAAUGAUGGUCCAUUAUUUUAUUCAAUCAUUGAUUAAUUUAUUCAUUCAUUUUAAAGAGUUGAAUUUUUAACUGUAUAUAUCUUAACCACCUUGUUUUUUUAUCUCUUUAUCUCUGAUAGUUACUUGAAAUCCUGUUAAAGUGUUUUCCAAAAAAAAAAAAAAACAAA